AUGCCUCCCUCUCGCGGUGAAACAGACCGCCAGAGCAUCCAUAAAUCUUAUCAUCUUCGUUUCUCAAAGUGGAACCCUUCAAUAUUCAGUUCCGAGUUAUCAUCAAUUCGCAAGACAGCGUGCCAAGCUGGAGCCCUUAGCGUCGACAUAAAGCAGUUAAGAAGGGAGUUAGCUGCGGUGAAGCGAGAGCAAACAAAGGCGUUCACGGAGCGAGACAACGUGACUGCUGCUCACCAAGGAUUGUUGCAAGCCGUCAAAGCCGCAUUGCAAUGCCCAGUCUGCAAAAAGGAAAUUGAGAAGCCUUUCACGGCACGUUUGUCCUACCGUCCCGAAGCGAUACUUCCGGAAAAUCUCAGGAAUCAUGACACACCCUUCACGGACGCCGAAAUCGAAACGUUGUGCGAUGGCCAAGACUCUGUUCUUCCUGGCCGCUACUAUCACUGUCCGACUUGUCGGGCGUUCAUAAAUGACCCUCCUGCCGAAAUUCCGUUGCUCCGCGACGUGACUGCGAAGAUAGUUGACCUACUCACUCCCGAUGUAAGACGUGCGAAUCAGGGGGUACCUGCAGAUCCAGCUGGACUGUGGGGAGUUUUCUUCAAGAGUUAA